AUGGAGGACGAGAACGCCUCGAGACGACGCCGGAGUUCGUCUCGAGCCACGGCCAAUGGAGGACCACCGCGCCUUUACCGCCUGAAUUCCAACCAGAGCCAGUCCAGUAUCUUCGAAGAUGUCGAAAUGGCCCAAGAGGAGCUCUUCUCAGGGCCCGUGGCUGAAAGUCUCCCCACAAGUGUUUCUCACUUCUCGCAUCGUCGGCAUCGCGCCGACUCCACGACGAGCUUUGUAUACUACGAUGAAGAGGACGACGAAGAGCAGCAGCAGCAAUACUCUCCAGUAUUCGAAGCCGACUCGGAAUACAUGCGACGAAGUGUAAGCGACAUCGGCGAUAUAGAGUUUGGCAUAGAGGAUGGAGGGGAGGAUGAGGUCGACAUGGCCGAGGACGAUUCUGCAGAUCACGACUACGACGAUAGCAGGCCUGACGCGUACAUUAUGCGACGGCACUCAUCUACCGCGUCACGGACUUCGAUACAUGCGCCAUUUCUGCGGAGGGACAGCGCAUACACAGAGCGCAGCGGGCGGUUGACGGGCCGGACGAGUCAAAAGCUGUACAUGAAGAACGAAGACUUGACGAUUGCCAUCGCCGGGUUCAGUAACAGCGUGGUUGGAUAUGUUUUAUAUCUGGCCAUUUGCAUUCUGACAGGGGGGCUUGGUUUCCUGGCUCUGCGCUGGAUGCCACGAUGGUAUGUGGCUGUCGUGGGAAGGCCUUGUGCGUUGGCUACUUGCGACUGGGUUGUCAUUGAGAAUGAAUGGCAGGAAAUGUCCAUUCUCGACGUCAAGAUGCGGUCUUACGGUCGUCCUUUGUCGUCAGUUUUCGGACUUUCCGAGAAAAUGUUUGCGGAGGAUCUGGACGACGACAAUGAUCCCUUGAUCGAAGACCUACGUAUACUCGACUACCGCUAUGUCCGCCUAUGCUAUCAUCCGCUGAAGGACAAGUUUGUCCUGUCUUAUGGCUGGAAGGAUCCUGACUGGACUGACGUGCGAGUCGUUCGGGCGGGAUUGGAUACCGAUGAGAAGAGCAUUCGCGAAAUUCUGUUUGGCAGCAACCUCAUUGACAUUGAGCAGAAGUCCACGAGUAAGCUACUCGUUGACGAGGUCCUCCAUCCUUUCUACAUCUUCCAGACAGCGUCACUCACGUUAUGGUCGUUGGACUCGUACUAUUACUACGCAGCCUGCAUUUUCGUCAUCUCCGUCGGCAGCAUCGCUUCGACCUUGAUCGAAACUCGUGCGACUAUGAAACGCCUCCGCGAAAUCUCGCGGUUUGAAUGCGAUGUUCGGGUACUCCGAAAUGGGUUCUGGCGUUACAUUUCCUCAGGCGACCUGGUACCUGGCGACAUCUACGAAGUCAGCGACCCAAGCCUUACACAGUUCCCGACCGAUGGGCUACUUCUGAGCGGCGACUGUAUCGUCAAUGAAAGUAUGCUCACGGGCGAAUCUGUUCCCGUCUCCAAGAUACCUGCCAACGACGAGACGCUACGAGGCAUGGACUUGGGGGCAUCGUCUGUCUCUCCUGAGACGGCGCGUCACUUCCUUUUCUGUGGCACCAAAAUUGUGCGAACCCGCCGGCCGCAGGAGGAUCAAGACGGCGAUGCUGUCGCCUUGGCGCUUGUGGUUCGAACAGGCUUCAACACGACCAAAGGCGCUCUUGUACGAUCAAUGCUCUUUCCUAAGCCCUCCGGGUUCAGUUUCUAUCGGGACUCUUUCCGUUACAUUAGCGUCAUGGCCCUUAUUGCGAUACUCGGCUUCGUUGCCUCCUUCGUCAACUUUGUUCGGCUUGGCGUCGAAUGGCACGUUAUCAUUGUACGAGCCCUGGACCUCAUCACCAUCGUCGUGCCCCCUGCACUGCCUGCUACCCUGACUAUUGGUACCAACUUCGCUCUGGCCCGCCUGAAGGGUAGGAGCAUUUUCUGUAUCAGCCCUCAGCGGGUGAAUGUGGGCGGGAAACUUGACAUUAUGUGCUUCGACAAGACAGGUACAUUGACAGAGGAAGGCCUGGACGUACUUGGGGUGAGAGUGGUUUCCAAGACGACAAAUCGCUUCAGCGAAGUUAUUUCAGAGUCGCAGGCGCUGGUCCAGACUGAGGCUGACUCCGAUCCCGACCAUGCGCUGACGGCAGUAUUGCACACUAUGGCUACCUGCCAUUCGUUGCGCUCAGUCGACGGCGAACUUGUAGGCGACCCUCUAGACCAGAAGAUGUUCGAAUUCACCAAUUGGAAUUUUGAAGAGGGCAAGCAGAGUGCUGGGGAUGUCGACGACGAGGAGCAAGGAGGGCUUGCGCCAUCAAUUGCCCGCCCACCGGAUGGAUCAUUGCAGCUUGGCGUCGUCAAGUCUUUCGAAUUCGUUUCUCAGCUGCGACGGGCCAGUGUGAUCGUUCGUCACUUUGGCGCAAAGAGUGCUGAUAUCUACGUGAAAGGCGCCCCCGAGGCCAUGCGUGAGAUCUGUCGCUCAGAUACAUUUCCCGCUGACUACGAAGAGCGACUCUCGUAUUACACUCACAAGGGCUACCGUGUGAUCGGCUGUGCCACACGCCACCUCCCGAAGCUGACCUGGGUCAAAGCACAGAAGAUGACACGCCACGAUGUCGAAAGCGGGCUAGACUUUGUUGGGUUCAUCAUCUUCGAGAACAAACUCAAGCCGACAACAAAAGAAGUGAUUGAUGAACUAUCAGAGUCUAACAUUGGGACAGUCAUGAUCACAGGUGACAAUAUCCUCACGGCAAUCAGCGUUGCGCGUGAGUGCGCGCUCAUGGACCGACGUGCGCAUUGCUUCGUCCCUCGCUUUCUUGAGGGUGAUUGUCGGGACCCGCAAGCUGAGCUUCAAUGGGAGAGUAUCGACAACAGCGCCUACACGUUGGAUAGGAACACGUUGCUGCCUCUCCCUCCGUCACCAUCUGCCGACUCGACCUUGCCCUUUGAAAUCACUAAUCUUCGCGACUUCUCACUUGCUGUUACCGGCGACGUGUUUCGAUGGAUCGUCGACUAUGCCGCCCCCGAAACCCUACAGCGUAUGCUCAUUCGCGGUAAAGUCUUUGCCCGCAUGUCACCAGAUGAGAAGCACGAGCUAGUGGAGAAGUUGCAAAGCAUCGACUAUACCGUGGGCUUCUGCGGUGAUGGUGCCAACGACUGCGGUGCUCUGAAAGCUGCAGAUGUUGGGAUCUCACUUUCUGAAGCAGAAGCGUCUGUGGCGGCGCCUUUUACCUCGAGGGUCUUCGAUAUUCGUUGUGUGCUGGAGGUCAUCCGUGAAGGCCGUGCAGCGCUGGUCACGAGUUUCAGCUGCUUCGAGUACAUGAGUCUCUACUCUGCGAUUCAGUUCACCUCCGUCAGCUUUCUCUAUGCCAAGGCAUCCAAUCUCGGCGAUUUCCAAUUCUUAUUCAUCGACCUCGUCCUGAUCCUUCCGCUGGCCAUCUUCAUGGGCUGGUCUGGGCCUGCGCAGAAGCUUCACCGCAAGCGACCGACCGCGGACUUGGUGUCGCGUAAAGUCCUAAUACCAUUGCUUGGGUUGAUGGCUAUUUGCGUUGCCAUCCAAGCCGUGGCCUACGUUGCCGUGCGAGAGCAGCCUUGGUACAAGCCCCCAAAGCUGGAGCAUGAGGGCAGCAACAUCAAAAACUCAGAGAACACCGCACUGUUCCUUAUGUCGUGCUUCGAGUACACUUUUGCGGCGGUGAUACUCAAUGCUGGCCCGCCUUUCCGCGAUCGCGCCGCCAAAAAUUGGCCAUUCACUCUGACGGUGCUGCUCGCCUUGGCAGUGGUAUUGUACAUGGUGCUGGGACCGGCGCAUUGGUUGAAGAAGCUCAUGCAGCUAAGCUACAUGAGCUUCAGUUUUGAAUUGCUCCUCAUCGGGUUGGGGGUCCUGUUCUUGGGACUAGGGUGGACGUUUGAAACAAUGGUCGCCGGAAAUCUGGCUCGUGCCAUUGGCAGAUGGAAUCUGAAGUUGUCUGGGGCUGUGAAGCAAAGGAAGAAGUACAAGACCAUUGAGAACAGUAUGCGGAUUUAG